AUGUUGACACGUCGCCUAUGGGAUGAGAACUUACGAUCAACCUGGCCGGAUUCUUAUUGGGAUGAGUACAUGCGAACCAAGGCCAUCCGAAAUGGUCGAGCCUGUAUUCGUCCAGAGAUCUCACGUUCUCAUACUUAUGGCCGUUUUGGUGUCUCUAAUGGGCAGUUCUUUGAUACUCAUCUUCAAUUCAAUUACCUCAGUGACAAGCCCCACGCUUUUAAUUCUACAUUACUUCGUAUGACACUUAUACCCGAGGUUUACGACGCGAACUUCCUCAGCGAAGUCUAUGACAAGUCUGUACUGCUCACUAGCUUUGACCAACUAACGAAACUAAAAGAGAUAGCCCCGACAGAGGGUACUUCGUGUAGAUAUGAAUAUUCAACACAGGAUGAUUUCAUCGCUGCAGCGAAAUAUGUGGGAGCCAUGCAGGAUUUUAAGGAGGGUGUGGCUAGAACGGCCUAUCGUGGCGUGGUUUCACUGUUUUAUGAUGAUAGACGGAUCUAUUUUGCACCGAAGGGUUCUCGUGGUUUCAAAAAUAAUGCAUACCCCGACUGGAAGUGA